AUGCUAUUCGCUCCAAGUGGACCUCAGAGUCCCCGUCGACGUAGUCGCAUCAAGGCUAUCUUCCUCACCAUCUUCAUCGUCAUCGCCCUAUACCUACUCUUCUUCGCAAAUACAACCACCUCCAAGUUACCCGUCAAAACUGCAACUGGCACCUAUGCGGAUCGACAUGGAGCUGCCACAACAUCUAAACCUGCAGGCGAGCUGGCUCGCCCUGCCCCCAGUGGAAAGGUCAUGGUCGUGGCUAGCAUGAAGAAGGAUGACACGUCCUGGCUGCGACAGAACUUCCCCGACUGGUCCAAGAGUAUUUAUGUCGUGGACGACAAACACGCACCGUUGACGGUGGCCUACAACAAGGGACGCGAGUCCAUGGUUUAUCUUUCAUACAUCAUUGACAAUUACAACAAUCUGCCGGAAUCAAUGCUUUUUAUCCACUCGCAGCGCUACCAGUGGCAUAACGACGACCCAUACUACGAUGGAAUCCCGCCGCUUCAACACUUCCAGGUCCCAUAUCUGCAAGAGCAGGGAUACGUCAAUCUGCGCUGCGUCUGGACUCUGGGAUGUCCGACCGAGAUCCGCCCUCUCACCGAUACGCACCGCAACGACGUCCACGCAGGCGAAUACUUUAAGCAUGGCUUCAUGGAACUAUUCCCCGAUACACCAGUGCCCGAGGAGGUGGGUGUGUCGUGCUGCGCGCAGUUCGGAGUCUCUCGCGCCAAGGUUCUGGAGCGACCGCGCAGUGAUUAUGAGCGCUAUCGUGCGUGGCUAUCGACCACUCCUUUACAGGAUGAUCUGAGCGGUCGGAUCAUGGAAUAUUCAUGGCAUAUGAUAUUUGGGAUGAAGCCUGUGCAUUGUCCAAAUGCCAAGGAGUGUUAUUGCAAGGUGUUCGGACUGUGCGAUCUGAAUUGCCCGUGGGAGGGCGGCUGCGAUGACCGCUAUGCUUUGCCACCAUAUUCCUCGCUACCCAAAGGGUGGCCCAAGAUUGGAUGGAAGGGUCAAGAACAGGACACCUCGCAUGGACUGCCGGAAACUUGA